UGUGCGCCUGAUCAAAGUUCCGUGGAACAAGACAGUUGCUGUUGGUUGCCGUUUUCUCGGGAGCAAAAUGUCGUCCGUUGAGCUGAAUCCCAGACCCAUCCGUGUUUCUCCCCUGAUUAAGUUCGGACGAUGGAGUUUCCUUGGUGUUGGAAUCCUCUAUGGAGCAUUCCAUCACAACAGACUCAGCAAAAAGGAAGCAGCAUACCGUGAAGUUGAAUUGAAGCAGAAGGCAGUCCGUGAUGCCAAGUUAGCUGAGGAGAAGCGAAUUGCUGCGGAAGCUGAGUUAAGGGAAUUAGAAAAGCUGUCCAAGUAGGAGGACUGUCAAACAUCUCUAGCGUACAUUAAUGUUGUGAAUAAUUUUAAAUGUAACAUAAUAUUUGAGGGAAAAAACAAGUAUUAUGUUUGCUGAACUUUGCAUUCUAUCCAUCUGUUCUCGUUUCCCUUGAAAAAAUCUUCACUGGUUCAAUAAACUGAAUAAGAUUCACAUAUGAA